AUGCAACCCAGAUUUUGGCUGGUGACCACCACCUGGGCAGCAGUGCUGGGCAUGGCCCUGCUGGAGGAGGUGUGUCGGGCACCAGAUGGCAAGGAUGGCUUGCCUGGAGUUCCUGGCCUCGACGGGAUCCCAGGACAGAAGGGUGACAUGGGAGAGCCAGGGAAAGCAGCACCCAGGACAGGCAUCCAGGGACCCAAAGGGGAUUUAGGCAGCCCAGGACUUCCUGGCCUCCCAGGGCCCAGGGGUCCUCUGGGGAGCAGAGGUCCCCCAGGGAUCCCAGGGACACCAGGGCCGAAGGGGAAGAAAGGGGAAGGUGGAGACAUCUUGAAGCAGCCACGUCCUGCCUUCUCUGCCUCACGGAGGUCCCCACCGAGCAGGGGCAGUACCGUGGUGUUCGACAAGAUCAUCACCAACCAGGAGAACUCCUACAACCCCGAGACUGGGGAGUUCACCUGCCAAACCCCUGGGCUCUACUACUUCGCCUACCAGGUGGUGUCCAACGGGAACCUGUGCUUGGGCAUCACCAAGAACAAGGAGCGCGUGGUCAACUUCUGCGACAACAACAGCCGUGGCAUUCUGCAGGUCAACUCGGGCAGCUCCGUGCUCAGCCUGGCCCAGGAUGACAAGGUGGCCCUGACCACUGACCCUGUCCAUGGCAACAUGAUUUAUAGUGGCUCAGAGGCUGACAGUGUCUUCAGCGGCUUCAUGCUCUUCCCAAAGAAGGUCUGA